CACGUGUGUGUGUUUGGUUUCUAGCAUCAGUCUGGUCAUAGAUUCUCAAAAUGGAAACAGAUUAUACACUACAACAACCCUAACCACAGAAAGCUAGUUCCUGCACAUCGGUACCAGCAAGGAUGUUUCCCAGCCUGGUCCACAGACCCUGGCAUGUCAUCUGCAGGGUCUCCUUGCAGCGUAGGGCACCUCUGUCCCAGCGGCCCCCGAGGAUCCCCCAGCUGUGCCACGGGUGGCAAAGCGGAGGCAUACAUUCUUUAUGGUUCAGCCUUCCAGACUGCCGUGUUGCUUCUCUAGGGCUGGGCAAGGUGCAGUACUACUCUACCUCUGGAGAUAAUAAAGAUGGUCCCCCAAAGACUGCAUCAGAUGAUGCUCCUGUGGCAGAAAAGCUGUUGGCUGCUGCAAAAGUCACAGAAGAUGGUUCUGCUUCGACCAUUAAGGGGCUGACUAAAACUGAAACAAUUCAAGUGAAAGUGCGGGCUGUCCUGAAGAAAAGGGAAUAUGGAGCCAAGUACACUCAGAACAACUUUAUCACUGCUGUCAGAGCCAUGAACGAGUUCUGCCUCAAACCAAGUGAUCUGGAGCAACUUCGAAAGAUCAGAAGACGCAGCCCCCACGAUGACACAGAGGCUUUCACUGUGUUUCUGCGGUCAGACGUGGAGGCCAAAGCUCUGGAUGUUUGGGGAAGCCAUGAAGCUUUAGCCCGAGAGAGAAAACUCAGGAAAGAGGUGGAAAGAGAGUACCAAGAGAAUAUUUUUCGGAAUCAACAGUUGUUGAAAGAAUACAAAGACUUUUGGGGAAAUACUAAGCCUCGAUCAGGCCAGAGGACAACAUUUCUAGAAGGGCCAGGAAAGGUGGUCAUGGUCGCUAUUUGCAUCAAUGGGCUGAAUUUCUUUUUCAAGCUCCUGGCUUGGGUCUACACUGGAUCAGCUAGCAUGUUCUCCGAGGCCAUCCACUCUCUGGCCGACACCUGCAAUCAGGCCCUGCUUGCUCUGGGAAUCAGCCAAUCAGUCCGCAACCCUGACCCCGGGCACCCGUACGGCUUCUCCAACAUGCGUUACAUCGCCUCCCUCAUCAGCGGAGUGGGUAUUUUUAUGAUGGGAGCAGGCCUCUCCUGGUACCACGGCAUAAUGGGACUGCUGCACCCAGAGCCCAUUGAAUCUUUGCUAUGGGCCUACUGUAUUUUGGCAGGCUCUCUGGUAUCUGAAGGAGCCACAUUACUUGUAGCCGUCAAUGAGAUAAAGAAGAGUGCCCAAGUGCAUGGAGUCUCUUUUUAUGAAUAUGUGAUGCAGAGUCGAGACCCCAGCACUAAUGUUGUGCUGCUAGAGGAUGCUGCUGCUGUGCUUGGUGUAAUUAUGGCCGCCAGCUGCAUGGGGCUUACCUCACUCACAGGUAACCCAUACUACGACAGUUUGGGCUCCCUGGGCGUGGGCACGUUGCUGGGCACCGUGUCAGCCUUCCUGAUUUACACGAACACAGAGGCGCUGCUGGGACGCUCCAUACAGCCUGAACGGGUUCAGAAGCUCACAGAGUUCUUGGAGAACGACCCUGCUGUAAGGGCCAUCCACGAUGUGAAGGCCACUGAUUUGGGCCUCAGUAAAGUUCGCUUCAAGGCUGAAGUUGACUUUGAUGGCCGAGUGGUGACGCGGUCUUAUCUAGAAAAACAAGACAUUGACCAAAUUCUCUAUGACAUUCAGCAAGUGAAGACCCCCGAGGAGCUGGAGAACUUUAUGCUGAAACAUGGAGAGAACAUCAUUGACACCCUAGGGGCUGAGGUGGACCGCUUGGAGAAAGAACUCAAGCAACGUAACCCAGAGGUUCGUCAUGUGGACUUGGAGAUAUUAUAAUAUCUGCUGAGUCUCUGCGGUAAUGGGAACCUACCAGAAGAAAAAGGUGAAAGGAUGGCCAAGCCUGCCUCCGCAAUCUGCCUCCCAUUUUGA